AUGCUGCGGCAGCUGGCCGAGGAGCUCUCCGAGCAACUGGAUGUGGCGCGCAAGCAGCAGCGGCACAGCGACGCUUCUCAAGCGACCACAUGCCCUUCGGAUGGAGGGCCGUCUUCGGAGGAUUUUCUAGAGGCACAAGAGGAGGAGCCAGAGGAAGAGUCGCCAAGCAGCAUUCAUGUGGAGCACGGCCCGGGAAUUGACGAGUGGCUCAGCUCUUUCCGUGCCCAGGCGUAUGCCUUGGGACUCCUGCUCGCUGCGUGGUGUGAGGAUGUCAGGUUUCCCAGCUACGUCACCCCAGGUCCACAGGAUCACGAAGUUCCUCCCACGAACAUGGCGGGACUGAUGCAGCUUGCCAGACGGACGGCGAGGCGGAGGCAGAAGGCCUCAAACGAAGCUGAACACGGCCCCCUGGCUGAGAGGGCUGAUGGAGCUUGCCAGACAGACGGCGAGGGCUGCACUGCCUCUGAGCAGUGGGCGCCUUCCCAUGAAAACGCCGAAGAUGGAGAGUGGGUUGUUCUUCCCGAGGAUGCCAAUGACGAAGAGCAUCAGCUUGGUGAGGAAAGGGCAGCUUGCAGCUCUAACUUCGCCGAGGAUGCCGGUGGCCAUUUUUGCGUCGACGAGGGGAGGCUGGUGAUCUUUGACAGUGUCCACAGGAUCCCGAGAUGCAUCAUGCCAGACGGACUGCGACGUCUGCACUGCGUCUUGUCGCAAGGACUGUGGCCCGUUCCAAGAGACUUCCGCGACGCUGUGUUCGACGUUGUCUUUGCACUCGCAGACAGAAGCUGGGCAAUCAAGAUCCAUGUGCAGGAGCUGCUGAACUGGCGCCUGCUUUCACGACGCACCAGAAGCCCUAAGGUGUUGAUACAGCACGUGGCCGAGAUGGGCAGCAUGGACAGGCCAGAAGCAAUUGUCGCUUUCGCAGAAAAGGUGACCAUGUUCUUCCGCAAUCCGGAGACAUCAUUCGCGGCAGCUUUAAGAGGCCAUGCCGAGACGCAGAGGCUCUACGAGUCCGCGUUUGGAGGCGAUGCCACGCAGCAGAAGCUCUACGAGUCCCGGUCGUGGUGUAUGGCCCUGGCGGCCAAUGAUCGAGUCCAUUUUGCCGAAAUCGACGUUCGCCGCAUUGUCGGCAACAACCUCGAAUCUUUGCUGUGGCACUGCCGAAGUGCGGAUGCGUCCGUUGCCGACGCCGCCGGCCUCCUUGUUUACAACUACGCUUCUGAUGCCAUUUCUUUCGUGCAGCAGACUAUCGUGGAGGCCACACUCGGCAUGAUGGAAGACUUCAUCAAGUUCAACAUACCUGCCAACUUGGAGAAGAUUCAAACUUGCAUCGGAACCCUUGCGAAGGUACUGCGCUGGCUGAGCAAGCCUCAGCGUCAGCAGUGGGUUUCCCUUAUGGUCAAACUGCUGAUGGACCAUUACGUGUCCACAAGGCAUGUGAUCAGGGAGCUGAAGAUGCUAUGGCUGGCUGACGAUGAUCCGAAGCGAACCUACGCAGAAGCGGUGCAGCAACUGUGGAUUCUGGCCGACUCUGACAGAACAGGAGAAGUGAAGAGUGCGAUUCUGAGUCUCCUGUACAGCAGCUGA